UUUGGCGCUGGGUCUCAGAGAAUGAAAGCAAACUCUCCGCUGUUGAGUCGCAUAACUGAAUACUUGCAUCCCCGGUCCAUGAGCUGUGGGAGAAGGAUCCAAUAACUUUCAACCGGGACCGUUAGCCCCGUGUCUACUCCAUAAUAAAAGUCGUCAAGAAGUUUAUGCAGCCUACUUUAAGUAUUUACAAAAUUAAGCUCAACAAUUUUGUUCAAAUUGAGAGUAGAUUUUACAUUUCUGUACACACCUGUCUCGACGUGCUGAGAAAUAUCUCGUCCUGCCAGUUUUUUUUCUUCUAAAAAUAUGACUUAAAUAAUUUAUAUUUUCUUCCUACUGCACUUAGUCCUCCGUGUUAUUCAAAAAGCCUCAAAUGCAACAACUUUCACACGGAAGAAAAAACUUCCAACAGCAAGAAUAUAACAUAAACCGUCAUUUAGUAUUUAUUCUGCGCAAACGCAAAAUGGAGAGAAAUGCAGAGAGCUUCAUGUCCUACAGAGGCAGGACAAUCACGGCUGGAGUAUAGGGAGGAAUUAUCAAGAUGACAUCUCUUUUAUUUUUCAUGCUAUAUUUAAGGAUCGGCGCAUAUGUGUUGCUGAUAUUUUGCAGUCAACCUGCAUAACUUUAACUCAGAUAUCGCGGCUGCUGGAGGGCUGAGCCUUUCAAAGUGUGCAGCGUAGCAUGAAAAAUAAAUAUUGAAACAUCACCUAAAGCAAAGCCGUGUCAUCGUAAUUGGCUAUGUCUUAAUUUUUGUCUGUAUUUUUAUUGCUUUUGCACUUGACGGUGCUGCUCCGGCCACUAAAACAACAUUUCAAGUUAUGUCGCAGCUAUGUUGUGGCUGCAAGAGCAAUAACUAUUGAGUGACAGCUUCCGGACCAAUCCAUGAAUGGCCUGAUGAAGCUGGUGGAUUUCUGGCUCAGCUGUCCAAUAGAGGCGCAGUAGAGGUGGGGAUUUAAACAAAAAGCCCGGCCGACGUCACUUAGAUACAUUAACCCUUGCCAUGCAUUUUUCUUCAAGUUAUCACUGUACAUCCCCUGUAGUGCAGCGAUAAGGAGCUUUAUCUGUGAGAGAGGAAAUACUGUACAGACUUGCUUUGGACUUCAGAUUUCGCAUAUUGUUUACAGUUUUUGUCAUGGAUUUUUAAACGGUGAAUCAAUGAGCCAGCAAUGGAGACCAAAAGAUACCAAAGUUUCUUUGAUGGAAGCGAUACAGAGAACAGAUGGUCUCAGGUCCCCAGCAACAUGGAAUACUGCUGCAGCACAGAGGAUUCAAAUCUGACUAGCAGUGAUAUCCUGAUGGACAUAGUCAAUGUCAGCUGCCCUGCUGGAAGCCCGGCCACCGACUGCAAAGACAACAAUACAAAGAAGCAGGAGCAGCCAAUGCUUCGGCUCAGCCAGAACCAGCCAUUUGUUCUCCCACACUUCAACAACUCUCUCCACGGUCAUAAGCAGGAAAUGGACUCCAAGGAGCUUUCCAAGACUGUGGCUGAGUCCAUGGGUCUGUAUAUGAAUGCUGCCAGGGAGGCAGACUUUGCCUUUAGCCAGCAUGGGGGCAGUACCAGCCCUGGCAAGAUGUAUCCAGCGUGUGGACGGCCCCUAGAGGAGACCCAGGGUGGCUCCACAAAGAGCCCCAAGUUAAAGCCAUUUGGUUUCCAGCAGUCCAGCGCCACUCCCAGAGAAUGCACCACUGGGACUCCAGUUAGCUCAGCGUCUAUGCUGGCCUCAUCUCUGUCCUGCAGCCCCCAGACCUCCAGCUCUAUCUCCAGCCCUGGGGGCAGCAACAAUAUGGUGUCGUCAACCACCAGUCCUCCUACGUGCUUUGGACCAGUGUGCUCAUCCGUCAGUAGUCCUGUCAGCCAGACGUCUUGUGCUGCAACUCUGGCAAACAUCAAGCGCAGGAAUUCAGCCACAUGUAGCCCUGUAGAGUCCACCACAGUGGGCUCACCACCACUCACCAGCCCACUCAAUGUCAUGAGGUCUCCCAUGUCCAGCCCCCAGAGUAUGAGUAGUGUGAGAUCGCCUCCGUCCUGCAGCACUACGUGUAACAUUAGGUCAUCUGUCUCGAGCCCCACAGGUGGCAGCUGCACCAGCACUGCCAACAACUGCAACACAGUAAGGCCCUCCAUCUCCAGCCCGGCCACAGGGAGCACUAUGGCUGUCAGCAGCCCACAGAAUCCGUCCUCUGCUGGGUUUCCAGUGUCUAGUCCUGCCGGUGGACUGGGUUUGGUGCAGAAUGACACCAACAGCCCAGAAGCAACAGGUCUGACCAGAGACACAGACUUCAAGAACUUUGAGUUCCCUAAAGUAGAGAUGGUAGAUGGGGAAGUGUUCAACGUCGGCUUAGACCAGAUGGGCAUGGUUAAGUACAUUAAGAACGAGCCUGGAACUGACUUCAGGAGCAUGUGUUUAGGUAGCUCCAAAUGUAGUGUGAGUAGCACACCCUUUAUCACACAGAUUAAGAAUGAGCCAAACAAAAAUGAGGGAUGUAUGAAUCCACAGCCCUAUGGUGAGCAGUCACCGUCUCUUGGUCUCUUCCCUGCAUCUGAGACCACCUAUUUGUCCCUGAGGAAUAACAUUGAUGAAUACAGUCUUUCUGGUAUCUUAGGACCCCCUGUCUCCUCUAUGAAUGGGAACUAUGAGCCCGAUGUGUUCUCCAACAAUGUCCUGUCUAAAGGGGUUAAGCAGGAGACCACUGAUGGCAGCUAUUACCAAGAGAAUAACAGCAUGCCCACAUCGGCCAUUGUUGGAGUUAAUUCUGGUGGACACUCAUUCCAUUACCAGAUUGGAGCCCAAGGAACAAUGUCUUUCACGCGGCAUGAUGUGAGGGACCAGUCCAACCCUUUGUUGAAUCUAAUUUCGCCCGUAACGGCGUUAAUGGAGUCGUGGAAAUCUCGGCCAGGCAUGUCGGCCAGAGGUGAAGGAUACCCGGGUCAAAACUGCAUCGCGGACAGCAUGUCAAGCUCGCCACUGAGACAACCGUCCUCGACAGUCAAAGUGUGCCUAGUAUGUGGAGACGAGGCAUCAGGAUGCCACUACGGUGUCGUGACAUGUGGAAGCUGCAAAGUCUUCUUCAAAAGAGCUGUGGAAGGUCAGCACAACUACCUGUGUGCCGGGAGAAAUGACUGUAUCAUUGACAAGAUCCGAAGGAAAAACUGUCCGGCAUGUCGCGUACGGAAGUGUCUCCAGGCCGGGAUGAACCUCGGAGCACGAAAGUCCAAAAAGUUAGGAAAGCUGAAGGGAGUCAGCGAGGACCUGCAGGGCUCUAAGGACGGCCAAACUGCCACAGGUGGCGUUGGAGGUGGUUACCUGUCCUCAGAGAAGGAGCUGAAUGCCAGCGCUGCCAGUGCCCUGGUGCCCCACGGGCCUGGGGUGGUCACACCUUUUCUGCCGCCCUCCAUCUGCAGCGUGUUGGAGCUGAUUGAGCCUGAAGAGGUGUACUCUGGCUAUGACAACACGCAGCCUGACACCACUGACCACCUGCUGUCCAGUCUCAACCGCCUGGCCGGAAAGCAGAUGGUACGCAUGGUGAAGUGGGCCAAAGUACUUCCAGGUUUCCGGGGCCUGCCCAUUGAGGACCAAAUCACCCUGAUCCAGUACUCAUGGAUGUGUCUGUCCUCCUUUUGCCUCAGCUGGCGUUCCUACAAACACACCAAUGGACAGAUGCUCUACUUUGCCCCUGACCUCAUCUUUAACGAGGACCGCAUGCAGCAGUCAGCCAUGUAUGACCUGUGUGUGGGCAUGAGGCAGGUGAGCCAGGAGUUUGUACGUUUGCAGCUAACCUACGACGAGUUCCUCUCCAUGAAGGUCCUUCUGCUUCUCAGCACAGUUCCAAAAGAGGGUCUGAAGAACCAGGCAGCAUUCGAGGAGAUGAGGGUUAAUUACAUUAAGGAGCUCCGGCGAUCAGUGGGAAAAGCAACCAACAACUCUGGCCAAACCUGGCAGCGCUUCUUCCAGCUCACCAAGCUACUGGAUGCCAUGCAUGAUCUGGUUGGGAACUUGUUGGACUUCUGUUUCUACACCUUUCGUGAGUCCCAGGCCCUGAAGGUGGAGUUCCCUGAAAUGUUGGUGGAAAUCAUCAGUGACCAGAUACCAAAGGUGGAGUCAGGCCUCACUCACACAAUCUACUUCCACAAGAAGUGACUCACUAAACAGAUGGGACAGAAGCAGCAUUAAGAACUGGAAGAGGAGAAAGGAAAAGGUUCAAGGAAGAGAAAGUGUGCAAGUAAGGCCUGAGCAGUUGGCCUGCACCCUGUCGCCCAGUAUGCCAGCAUCCUCGCCUUGGAAAGUUAAGUGACGUGGUGGCAGAAGUAAAAAGGGGAGAAGGAUUUGACCCUGCUGUCACCAUGAGCAGGUCAGAGCUGUGAAUAGUCGUGGAGCCAGCGUGACGCGCUGAGAAGCACUUGUGACAAAUGUGACAAUGCAUCCCGAAGUACCCCCCCUGUGCCCCCCCUGCCCCAAAGACGAUAACAGUAUUUUCUAUGGAGAUAAAGCCAUACAUUUCUUAGGAUGCGCUAGAUACAUUCACUACGCACGCAGGCACGCACGCACCCACCCACGCACACACACACACACACACACACACACACACACACACACACACACACACAUACACACACAUACACACAUGCACGCACACACACUCGUAGAGGGAAAUUGAUACACAUGCUGUCCACAUGCCUUCACACAAACGCACAGAUGCACUCCACAUGCACUAAAAUCAGAUUCCCUUACAAAUCUAGUUAAAAAGUUUUUGCAAAUAUUAACUGUGGCUUAUGCAGUCUUUCACAAAUAAUAGCACUAUGAAAAAUAAAUAUAUAUGCCGAUACUUAGAUUUUGCUUUGCAGUGUAGCAACAUACUGCAAGACUACAGGGCAAAGAACAUUAUGAGGAGGCACAGAAAUUAUAGACUGUAAGGCGAAAGGUCUAUUUGAAUAUAUUCCAAGGGCUAUACAAGCGUCAUCAUAAGCUGAAUAAUUACAUUAAAUCUAACAAGUCCAAGUUUGAAUCUCAAUCGGUGUCAUAACAGCCAUCAUUAACAUUCACAUACUGAGUUUUUAAUUCAAAUAUGUAGUCAAACAAUCAAAACUAAUAUGCAAAAGUCCAAAGCUAAAUCUGUUAUGAAAUAAAAAUGUCUCUCUUGUGUAAAAGAAAGCUUGCACGUGAAGCUCCCAUGUCAUGAAGUCACUAUUUUAGGCAUUGUGGUGUAGAAUUAAGACAAUAUUGAUGAGAAAUUUUACCUUUGUGCAUAAAUGGUCAGGAGUGCUGCAGGACAGAAAACAUCAUGCAUUUAAGGAAAUGGUUUCAGUAGAGUCCGCUGGUAAUGGAUUUGACUGAGGUGCAUCCAUAGUAAUUGCUGUCAUUUGUGUUUAUCUCCAGAGCAGCUGUCCGAAUGUCUGUUUUUACUCACAAUGAAGCAAAACCAGCCCUUUGUGAAUCAACACUUAUCUACUCUUCCCAGAAAUAAUAAAAAGCAUUUUAUAAAAGUGUGUUGCAAAGGUUUAGUUUUUGACAAGCCAGUCAUUUUACAUUAAGGUGCUUCAUUUCUACAAAGCCAGGCAAAACAUAACAUGUACAGUAACUUGUAAACAGUCCAUACAAUACACUAUGUGGACACACAGUUUAAACACAUACUCUGUAAAGUUGAUAUAAUACAAAAUGGAGCAUUACUCUGCAGUGCUUACAGCAAAUGGCUAAUGUAUCAAAACCAGGCAAAUGUGUACAGGUAUUAACAACUUCUUAAACACAUUCUAUUCAGCUGUUGUACAGAAGAUGUUUUGAAGUACGUGUUGAUGAAUGCUUGAUGAAGAACUGUUGGUAUAAUCACCUAUCCUAAUUUAGUUAAUUUCCUUUCUCUUAUCUUAGGGCCAAGUACUACUAUUUUAGGUAUGGUAGGCCCAGUCAUCUGGACCAUUAACUUAUCUCACACCCCACUGGUUUCUGGGUGGUUGUGGAACACUACUAUGAUGCUACUGAAAAGCGAUAGAGCCGCUGGGGAAGAAAAACAGUGGGGGCGUGUGAUUUUUAUUUUUUUUUGUGCCCUGUGAGCGUGUAUUUACAUGGGAGUAUGGAGCGAGUAUGGCUUAAGUUUGUGUGUGUGUGUGUGUGUGUGUGUGUGUGCGUGCGUGUGCUUGUGUGUGUUUUUUUUUUUCCUGGCAAGCAUGUGCAUAGUUGAUCUGCUCUUUCAGCGUGGGUAUUAUGCAUUUAUGUUAUAGGAUUAGCCAUAUCCUAUUUCCACAUUUAGAUUUGCACAGAGGAGAUACAAUGUGAAAUGAGGCAUUAGUGCAGCUAGCAGGAAUUGUCUGUUCUGAUAAGCAACUGUGAUGAUGCGGGAAAAGACUUUCUGCAUGGUCAACCAGCCUAAAGUUAGACAACAUGACAUCAUUAGCACAGCAGGGUGGUUGUGUAUUGUAUUUGUGGCCUCAGCUGUCAUAAUGACGGCACUGUGCUACACUAUGAGGUCUCUUCUGUGGUGUUAACUAUGUGAAGAUUGGUGUACAAAGAGAUGGAGGUGCCAGGAUCACAACUGUCAUUAGGGACUGUAUGAAAAUUACCGGGUAGAGGAGCAGGGUCAGAAAAGGGGCGGGGUUGUGCAUUUUAAAUUUUUGCUCAUGGGAGGGUAGUCUAGAGCAGGACAGGGUAUUUCAACUAUUUCUCAGCCCAAAAUUAUAUUUUUUAAAUUAUUGCCAUAAACAUAUUAUUUCGGAGAUAUUUGGGAUGGUAUCGCAGUGUUUUCUAAGACUUGGAUCGGUCUAAAGACAACAUUAAUUGCACUCUCCACCCCAAUAAUUUUCAUACAAUCCCUUAUCAGAAGGGCCUCAUUUUACAGUCUGUCUUUGUUGUGCAUUAUUGUGUUCAAGUUGUGAAGGACCCUUAAGCUAAUCUCUCACUGUUUCUUUAUUUUGCCCCCUUUUUGUCCUUUUUAAGGAACAAAAAAACUGUCUAAAGGUUCAUAGGAUGAAUGGGAAAGUAUUUUUGAGAGAAUUAUAUUUUGCUGGAAAACAAUAUUUAAGUACUUUGUCUAAAAAUGAUAUCCUUUUUGUAAAAUGAAAUAUUAAUGCAUGCUUUUUGAUGAGAUGUUUACAUUGUAUUUAAAAAAGGGAAACUUGUGCCUUUUUAUCUCACCUGAUUUACAAUUUUACAGUAUAUAUUGUAAAUAAUACAGCAAGUCCUUAUGUUGAGUAUAGUAUAAAACAUUUCUACUUUAACCAUCUUGUUGGAGUAUUGGAAAAAUUUGUCUUUCCCACUCGCCAGGUUCUGUGUUGGAUCACAGAGAAGAAUUUACAGUAAGAGUUGGUGGCAGAAAGGGCCAAAUAGAGAAAUGAAUGUAUUAUACAUUGUGAGAGACUUAUGGAACUUACUACCUGAAUGUUAGAGAGAGUAAAAAAUAAAAAUAAAUAAAAACAAAUAAAUAAAUAAAUAAAAAAUAAUAAUAAUCAAAAAGUAUUUCUUAUUUUGUAACAAGAUGUAAGUGAUGAGUUGUUGCUGUUGAAAUGAUUUCCUAACCCAUGACGGUAUUGUUGAUGAGCACCACAAUAAAAUCAAGACGUCACAAACUAUUGAAACUUGGAUACGUGAAAGAAAGUUCUUGACUUUUCAGCUGGAAGAUACAAACUUUGUGCACACGCAAAAUGAAAUGAACCAGUGGAUGUAGAGACUUGACAGACUUGAUAGGUUAGCCGAUUCAAAUUUGAUUGUCUUUGACUAGUUAUUAACUGCACCUAUUUCUCUAACUGCCAAAAUAGGUUUCAGUCACAAUGUAACAAAAUUGUCCCAAAGAACGGUAAUGUAAAAAAUAUUGCGAUCUACACACAGUAGAUUCUUGAUAAGAACAAAGUUAACCAUGAUGUUAUCAAGACCCCGAACGACCCUAUGCCCUCCAGACGUCUAGGCUUUGACUGUUGGCUAUUAAAUUAUUUUGGCUAUUUAAAGUAAUAGUUCAAUAUUUUGGGAAAUACACCUUUUUAUUUCUUACUAAGAGUUAGAUGAUCGAUAAACUCUCAUGCCUGUGUGCUAAAUAUGAAGCUACAGCCAAGCUGUUAGCUUAGCUUGUCACUUGAUGUCACUUGAGUCAGCGUUUGGUGGUGAAGACUACAAGAAAGUCAGCUUACCCAACCUCUGUAGUCCGUUCCUCUUCUCUGCUCAAGGCUACAUUAACCACUACUAGAAUAACACAAAGACACACUCCUGUUGGUGGUCGAGUUGCAUUGUGGGUAAUGUAGGCGACAGAUGGGAAGGUAAGAAGGAUGGAAGAAGAUUUAAAGUGUUGAAUAUGGUUCUGCUGCAUCUAUUUUGAUCUUCUUUUUUUUUUUCAAUUGUCUAUUGUGAGUCCAACAAUGUGUGCAAUGCUAAAUCGGUGGCAACAGACAUGAGAGUGGUAUCAACCUUCUCACUGAGCAAAAAGUGAAUCCUGGUAAAUGCAAUUCCCAAAAUGUUGAACCAACCCCUUUAUGGAACAAGAUUAAUGAACAGCUAAUUUAAUGGUCAUCAGUCACUACCUACUGCAAACCAUAAAUAAAAACCCCUCCCCUACUUGAAGGAGCAAUGUUACCUUCAAAGUUGUCUCUUUGUAAAUUAACUCUCCUUUUGGGCAUGAAUGACUCAGAAUGUGUCUAACUGCUGUUGCACAGUACACUAUCGCGUCACUGUAUGUGGAGUCAUGUCAUUGCCAUUUUCUGUUCACAGCCAUGAAUCGGGUGUAAACAGACUAAGCCAUAUCUCCACAGCCAUGGCAGUGCAUUUCUUAUAAAUAUAUAAAUAUAUUCAAAUGCUUUUUUUUCCAAUUCCAAAAAUGACUUUUUACUCAGAUGCUUUGUACAAUAUUUCUCAGCAACUACACAGCAAACAUACAGUAGACAUCCUUCAACAUAAACCAGUAAAACAUCUUUGAAAUCAGUUACUACUGUAUAUCUUGAUGCAGAUAUUGCCAUACUUGUGUUUGCAAAACUAUUGCAAGAUUCUAAUAAAACUGUUAAAUUAAUAAUUUGA